UCCUUUGGGAAGAGUCUUUGAGUCCAGCAUAGUUCCCACACCUUUUUCUCCCUCAGGUAAGGCCAGCUGAAGAGACGGAAGAAUGGACACAGUGGAGAGCCUCCUGGUGAGUGGCAAUUUCACUGACACCUGUGAAACCGGACUGAAAAAUGAGACUUUUCUCUGUCUCUUCGACCAGCCUCAUCCUUCUAAAGACUGGAAGCAGUUGGUGAGGAUUCUCUUAUAUUCCCUGAUCUUCCUGCUCAGCGUCCUGGGGAACACCCUGGUGAUCGCUGUGCUGAUCCGGAACAAGCGGAUGAGGACGGUCACGAAUAUAUUUCUGCUCUCGCUGGCUGUCAGUGAUCUGAUGCUCUGCCUCUUCUGCAUGCCUUUUACGCUCAUUCCCAAUCUGAUGGAGGAUUUCAUUUUUGGGAGUGUUGUGUGCAAAACUGCCACCUACUUCAUGGGCAUCUCCGUGAGCGUCUCCACCUUCAGCCUGGUGGCCAUCUCCCUGGAGAGGUACUGUGCCAUCUGCAAACCCUUGCAGUCCAGGGUCCGGCAGACCAAAUCUCACGCCUUGAAGGUGAUCACGGCCACGUGGUGUCUCUCGUUCGCCCUGAUGUCCCCUUACCCGAUCUACAGCAGCUUGGUCCCCUUCACCAAGCACGACAACCAGACGGCAAACAAGUGCCGGGUCCUGCUGCCCAGUGACAUCAUGCAGCAGUCCUGGUACACGUUCCUGUUACUGAUCCUUUUCCUUAUUCCCGGAAUUGUGAUGAUGGUAGCGUAUGGAUUAAUCUCUUUGGAACUAUACAGAGGAAUCAAAUUUGAUGCCAGCCAGAAAAAAACAAUCCACGAAGGGAAGACCAGUAACAGCAGCAGCAGGUAUGAAGACAGGGAUGGGUGCUACCUGCAGAAGACGAAGAAGAGGAGGAAGGUGAAUCUGCAUCCUGUGCCCAGUGGCGAUGGCAGCUCCAAAAUCGAAAGGGUCAGGAGCACCAGCUCGGCCGCCAACCUGAUGGCCAAGAAGCGCGUGAUCCGCAUGCUCGUGGUCAUCGUGGUCCUCUUCUUCCUCUGCUGGACGCCCAUCUUCAGCGCCAACGCCUGGCGGGCCUACGACACCCCGUCGGCCAACCGGUUCCUCUCGGGGGCCCCCAUUUCCUUCAUCCACCUGCUCUCCUACACGUCUGCCUGCGUCAACCCCAUCAUCUACUGCUUCAUGAACAGACGCUUCCGCCUCGGCUUCCUGGACACCUUCUCCUGCUGCCCGCGGCCCCGGCCCCCGGGAGCCAGAGGCGAGACGGGCGAGGAGGAUGAGGGGAGCACGACCGGCGGGUCCCUGUCGAGGGGCUCCUACAGCCACGUGAGCAUAGCCGCUCCUCCCCCUUGAGGCAUCUCCCACUCCCCACCUUCCCCCGUCCCCAGGCACCUCUGGAGGCUGUGGAGCUAGGUUGCUAGAGGAAUUACUCGAGACGGUUUUGUUUUUGUCAACGGGAAGUCCUGUUUUUUUUAGCGUGCGACUUGUCUGGAAAAAAGGGGGAGAGACCCUUUUACCUGAAUGUUCACCUGAAAGGGAAAAGGGGAAGCCGACAUUGAACGGGAGCCCGACGUGGACUGGGUGGGGAUGUUGUCUGAAGCCUAAAUAGAGGGAAUAUGGGAACCUUGGGGAACGGAGGCUCCGGGGAGCUUUCCGAGUGUUAAAACAGCUUAGUGCUUGCUGUUGUGGUCGUGAAGUCGUUACCGUUCUGCCUUCUGAUGCAAAAAUCACAAUCCAAAUAUCCUUUGAAGAGAAAUGUUUUUGGCUUCCUUCAUAUCCAAUACUUGCACCCUGUAUUAUGACUAAAUAUCUGUGACGUGUAAACGUGAAGAGACAAGCCAACGGUUGAUUCUCUCUUACUACAAUUUCAGUACUUUACCAUGGAGGCUUCACCUUCUAUUUUGAGAUAAAUUCUAUUGAACAAGAAUAACUUAGCCCUAGUAAAGGUAAAAGAUAUUCUGCCCCCGCCCCCUCAACCCUGUGAAAGUAAAUUCCAAAGCUGAUUGAAUCUACCGGAGAUUUAAAUUCACAGAACAGUAAUGACAGAAAGCCAGUUUGUUCUCGGGCAAGAGCCCUUCGGGACCACUCAGUGGCUCAAGUCCAGCAUGGACUGUGCCUGCGGUGGUGUGAAAUAACGAGUUCCUCAACUUGAAAUGCUUUUCUUAUCUCUCUGAGAUCACUUAGCAGCCCCCCUUAUUUGGGAGCUGUGAUCUUUGUUCCUGUCCUCCUCCCCAUCCUAUUUCUUGUCUGGCGCCCUCACUGACUUCAGAAGGAAGUCUUUUUUUUCCUUAAAAAACAACAACAAAAAAACAAGAGAAGCAGGUUGGGAGAAUUGGCCAUAGUUAGCUAAAACGAUAGGACAGAAGAAAACCCUUCUGGCUCUUCCUACAAGCAGUCUUCUCAUUCCAAAGAAUCCCUUGGCUUUACCUUACAUUUUCCGUACUGGUUAAUUCUCUGGUGUGUAUAAAUGGAACAUACAAAGAGUAAUGCACGAUGCCCUUUGUUAGUCUCUGUGUUAUCUUAAAUAAAGAACUUGUUCCUGGCUGUUA